AAGAGAGUUUGGUCAUUUAGUCGUUCAAAAGAGUUUGCCUGAUUGGGUCGUUUUAAAAAUGCCAAGGGAAGUUUUGCACAUUUUGGUGCUUUUGUGUGUAGUUCUCGGACUCGCCAGCGCUGGCAGAUAUGAAGAUUAUAAACUAUAUGAAGUUAAGCCCGAGACAGUUGCACAGAGAGAUGCACUGCACGCUAUCGCCGAGGAGUCGAGCGAUAAAUACGAUUUCCUGUCUCUGAGUCGUAUUCACACACAAAGUGCUCGAGUGCUGGUGCCACCAAAGCAUGAUGUCAGUUUUAGAGUUCAAUUGGAAAGUCAACAGAUACCGUUUGAGUUGCGGGAUGCAAAUUUCGGACGCACCAUACAUGCCGAAGUACUCCAAAACCGCAUGCUUCGUCAAUCGAAGCCAUACAGCGGCACCGGACGUCUGGGCACCGAACGUUAUUACUCACACGAUGAAAUCAAUGCGUACCUAGACGACUUGGCUGCGCGUUAUCCAUCGCGUGUAUUUGUCAGAGUGGUUGGCAAGUCAUAUGAAGGCCGCCUGUUAAAAACGAUUACUAUUACAAAUGGCGACGGCAUCACCGGCAAGAAUGUGGUCUUCAUGGAUGGCGCUUUCCACGCACGCGAAUGGAUCUCACCCGCGACUGUGGUGUAUAUAAUUGGCGAGCUGGUUGAGAACUUCGACGAGCAUGCUGAGCUUUUAGCCACCUACGAUUGGGUUAUAAUGCCGGUGGUGAAUGCUGAUGGCUAUGAGUAUACACAACUGUCGAGUGAUACACGCUUGUGGCGUAAAACCCGCCAACCCGUUACCGUUAAUAACACUGUGUGCUAUGGCACCGAUCCGAAUCGUAAUUUCGAUUUCCACUGGAUGGAAAAGGGUGCUUCAUCGAAUCCUUGCUCAAAUACUUAUGCUGGACCUAGGGCAUUCUCUGAGCCCGAAGCGGUUGUGGUACGUGAUGUUAUGCACUCGUUAAGCGGACGUGGUAUUAUGUAUUUGACAAUACAUUCAUAUGGUUAUGCGCUCUUCUAUCCGUGGGGCUGGGGACCUGAACUGCCCGACACCUGGGAGGAUCUACAUGAAGUGGCAGCUAUUGGCGCUGAUGCCAUACGCAGUUACAGUGGCACUGAAUAUGAGGUAGGCUCGUCUACGGCUUUGUAUGGUGAAGCUGCUGGCGCUAGCGAUGAUUAUGCUUUCAACGAAGGUUUUGCUCUAUCCUAUACUAUGGAGCUACCUUCCGGCGGUAGUAGCGGCUUCGAUCCACCACCAACUGAAAUUGAUCGCCUGGUCAAGGAGACAUGGGUGGGCAUACGUGCAAUGGGUAAACGGGUAACAACCAAGUAUCCAUCACCAGUGACUAAGACAGUUGUGUAGAACUAUACAGCGAUAAUACGAGUACUAGACCUUACCGAAAAUAUCAUAAAUAUCUAAUGAGGUUGUGUGUAAUGCUUUGAAAUUCUUAUCGCUAAUUUUAUUUCAUUCAAUUAAAAUAUUUAUACUUACUGGAAUGCAUACAAACGUCA